AUGGAAAACCCAGAGUUCCCCCCGCGUCUCUUCUCGAAAGGCGAUGAGCCGUCUCCGCUGAAAAGCAUCGGUUACUAUAGCGGUGAGACGAAGCUGAUGACUGCACUCGAGGAAGCACUCACACAAGAUGAGUGGGAAGAGAUAUUGAACUCUAGACUGGGAGUGUUCUUGAAGUUCAGCCAGUUGGAUUUCGGCUGGGCAUCUAGACUGGUGCAUUACAUUCUCGGCAUGCAGCUAGUUUGCAAGAAAAAAUUUGAGAUUUGGAGCCUCGUAGGUCUAAUCCCGAUCCGCUUUUCUUUGAAUGAGUUCGAACAUAUUACUGGCUUGAAUUGCGAGUACGUGGACAACCUCGAGGAUCCGGUGGUUGAGAUAACUGAUGAGAUGAAAGAUUUCUGGGAGCGAUUGGGAGUCAAUCAGGAGUUGGGCCCGAGCACUGAAGAUUUGAUAGAAGCUUGUAAAGAAUGCGGGUCGUGGUCUUCCGAGGAUCGGUUGAGGCUGGGAUACCUUAGCAUUUAUACUAGUUACAUUGAAGCACGAAAGCCAUCUUCAGCUACUCAGGCUAGGUUGGCAAGGCUUGUGAUGGAUUUAGAAGCGUUUGAGAACUACCUUUGGGGAAGAGUGGCCUUCAAAAACCUGAUGCGGUCGGUGAAGGAGAAAGAAAUUUGGAAGUCGUCGUACACCAUUGAGGGGUUUGUUCAAGUACAACAAGUCUGGGUUUACUUUGCUCUUCCCGACUUUGCUGCUAAAUUUGGUGAACCACUUCCAGGCGACCACAAUGUACUGCUGAUAGCUUUCAAGGGAUCCAGGGGGAGGAAAUUUAUGAAAGAGAAUAUGCUCCGACAGACACGCAUUAACAACUACGUUGUUAAGGAAUUCUUCGACAUGUUUCCGCGCUGGGAAAUUGAAGACGAUGAUGAAGAAGACGAGAGGACUGACAACAUCAUCAAAGCGAUGUAUGGUCAUUUUGGCCCUAAACAAUGGACAUGGGAAAGGAGUCAUUGGCCUCCAACAGGUGUGACCAAGUAUGUCAAGUCCGAAGGGUCUGUCGAUCUGAAGAGGCGAUCGGAAUCAGUUGGUGAUCAAGGAAGUCUCUGCCCAGCCUCUGGUGAGGAAGAUGAGUCAAUGGUCACGAUUCUGAAGGACCACAUGGACGACUGCUUCAACAAGAUGAUGGAUGGGUUGAGUAGUUGUGAAUCUCAGAUCAAACUACUCAACACAAAGUUGGGAACGGUGGAGCAGAAAUUAGAGGCAGUGAUCCUCCAAGCUGGGACCGGAGGUACAAAGGAGGAUGUGACUCAGACUGGUGAAGCAGACGCCGAGGGCGCAAAACCUGUUGGCGACGAUCAAACGGACGCGGACGCCGAUCCUAAUAUCGGGAGUAAUUUUAUGUCUAAGCAAAAUGAACAAACUGAUGUCCCGAGUGAGAGCGUGAACGAUGGUAAGCAGGGAACUCCAGAGCCAAGCGUCGUUAUGGUUGAUCCAGCAAAAUGCGACAUCGACUUCGAUCAGGUCCAGAAAGAUAAACACGAGAAAGGCAAGAAGGCGGCACAACUGGUUGUUCGUGCGAAGAGUGAACGUCUGCGAAAGUUGGCUCCUACACAACAAAGCCCUUUCAAACCGAACAGCACAGCAAAGGAAAUAAUCCCAAACAAAAAUGUCCGAGGGUGCGGAUAUGAUCCGUUUGAUAUGAAACACGUGAAGCAAAAGAUCGGUGUACUAACUGAUUGUCUGAAAAAAGAUCCGGCAUAUCCGAAGCGGGUAAAAUGGUCAUCCGUGGACUGGUACUUCAUUCUAAGAGUUCCUAAACAAUGGCUAGCAGACACUCACAUGGAAGCUGGGAUUAACCUACUCAGGCUGCGAUUUACAAAGCAUCCUGAGUGGUUUAGGUCGGACAGGAUAACAUUCCUCGACUCUUACUUUGCAACGAUGUGGAGGUACAAGUACAAGGAGUUCGUGGACUCUCACGCCAACCCUGAUGGUUCAGGCAAGCUCCUUCCAGCUGGCUCGUUCGAGUACUACACUGGCGCAGCCCCAACCUACUGCAUUAGUAACAAGACGUGGGGGUAUGAUGUGGAUGACCUGUACUCGAUGUUACACAUCACUGAUGAUCACUGGGUGGCAAUGUGGAUUUCGAUUCCGAUGAAGCAUAUUGUCAUUUCGGAUAGCCAUGCGAAUACUCAUGCAUCGGAUAUUCAGAUUGAGGCUUCUGUGACUCCGAUUACCGUCUUGGUUCCCUACAUACUCCGUGAGUGUGCACCUGCUGAAGACCGUAUCAAUCUGACUUAUGAUCCAUUCACGUGGGAGCGAAUCAAAGGGCAUUUGAUCCCACAAAACAAACAAAGCGGUGACUGUGGCGUUUACUGCUUGAAGUACCUUGAAUGCCAUGCUCUAGGGAUGCCAUUUCCGAAGACCUUGUGCGAUGCAAACAUUAAAAACAUCCGAGACAAGCUGGCAGCUGAGAUAUUUGACGAGACAGGAGUAACCGGCACAGAGAAGUAUGAGUAUCCAUGGCUGGACGUAUACGAAGGUAAGUGA